AUGUGGAUUAUUUUAAAAGGUCCCUUGCUGCUGUUGCUGGUUAUGCUUUCUAAAUCAGUAAUAUCUGAGACUCUCUAUUUCUACACUUAUGAAGAAGAGGCUCCUGGAACAGUCAUUGCAGUUCUGUCCAACCACUCAGUGUUCAACUUUACAGAGAGUUCUGUCACCAACUUUCGUCUGAAGCAAUUCAAUACAACAGUUAUCCACGUCAGAGAGAGUGAUGGGCAGUUAAGUAUUGGGGAGAGGAUAGACCGCGAACAGCUUUGCAAGCAGUCUGUCCCAUGCAUCCUUUCCCUGGAUGUUGUUAGCUUUUCUAAGGAGCGACUGACGCUGAUUCACAUUUUAGUGGAGGUGAAAGACAUCAAUGACAACAGCCCUCAUUUCCCCAGUACUGAGAUAAAUGUAGAGGUUUCUGAAAGUGCCCCUGUUGGCACUAGGAUCUCAUUAGGAAUAGCAGUUGAUGAAGAUGUUGGGUCAAAUUCUAUUCAAAGCUUUCAAAUCUCAGAUAACAGCCUUUUCAGCUUGGUGGUGCAGACCAGAACUGAUGGUGUAAAAUAUGCAGAUCUGGUAUUAAUGAAAGAGUUGGACAGGGAGGCACAACCAUCUUACACUUUGGAACUGGUUGCAUCAGAUGGGGGAAGUCCAUCUCGCUCUGCAAGUGCAGUGGUUAAUGUCAGAGUCUUGGAUUUUAAUGACAACAGCCCAGUGUUUGAGAAAAGUACAUUCACCAUAGAUCUUAUGGAAGAUUCCCCAGUAGGACAACUUUUUUUGGAUCUUAAUGCAUUUGACAGUGAUGAAGGCAUGAAUGGAGAAGUAGUUUAUGGUUUCAGCCCCCAGGUUUCUACAGAGGUUCGUCAACUGUUUAAAAUUGAUCCUAAAUUUGGUGGAGUAACUCUUGAAGGACACGUUGACUUUGAAACCAAACAAACAUAUGAAUUUGAUGUGCAGGCUCAAGACUUGGGCCCAAACCCACUAACGGCUACCUGUAAAAUAACUGUGAAAAUUGUAGAUGUGAAUGACAAUGCCCCAGUGAUCACCAUCACCCCUCUGACUUCUAUUAGUGCAGGAGUCCCUUACAUUACAGAGUCAGCCCCUAGAGACAGCUUUGUAGCUCUAAUCAGCAUAACAGACAGAGACUCUGGGCCCAAUGGGCAAGUUCACUGCACACUUUAUGGACACGAGCACUUCAAGUUGCAGCAGGCAUAUGAGGACAGCUUUAUGAUAGUCACCACCUCAGCUUUAGAUAGAGAGAGGAUAGCAGAGUACAACCUGACUAUUGUGGCUGAAGACCUAGGUUUCCCUUCAUUGAAAACCUACAAAACUCACACAAUCAGAGUAAGUGAUGAGAAUGAUAAUGCCCCCAUAUUUGUCAAAUCACUGAAUGAUGUGGCUGUCAUGGAAAGCAAUGCACCUGGAGCUUAUAUUACUACAGUGAUAGCCAGAGAUCCUGACCUAGGACAUAAUGGAAAGGUAACUUACAGCCUGGUGGACACUAAAGUGAUGGGGCAAACAUUGUCCACAUAUGUUGCUCUUGACUCUGUCUCUGGUGUGCUGCGUGCAGUGAGAAGUUUUGAUUAUGAAAAGAUUAAGCAAAUAGAUCUUGAAAUCCAGGCUACAGACAAUGGGAUCCCAGAACUCUCAACUCGCACACAAAUGAAAAUCAACAUAAUUGAUCAAAAUGACAACCCUCCCGUAAUAACAUAUCCUUUCCUGACAAAUGGAUCUGCAGAGAUUAUGCUACCAAUCAGAGCACCUGAAAGUUAUUUAAUUUUCCAGAUUAAAGCUAGUGAUGCAGAUGAAGGACUGAAUUCACAUUUGUUCUACACAAUAACAAGAGACAACCACAGGCUAUUUUCCAUCAACAGAGAAACAGGUGAAGUGUUUUUAAGAAGACAAAUACACUCUCUGGAAGUGCAGGACCUGAGCAUUGACGUUGCAGUGUAUGACAGUGGCAGGCCUUCCUUAUUCUGUAGUGCAGCCAUUAAGUUCACUCUAACAGAUACCACCCCUGCCAGCAUUGAUAUAGUGGUCAUGGAGCCGUCUGCUAAAGAGCAGCACCAGAUUGACCUCACCUUUAUCUUCAUUGCAGUAUUAGCUGGUGGUUGUUGCUUGCUACUUACAGCCAUCAUAUUCGUUGCCUGUACCUGGAAGAGAAAACCGUAUCAAAUCAAGAGUGAAGCAACUAACAAGAAAAUUUACAGAGAAGACAAAUUGCUGAACAAUGCUGCUCCUCCUAAAUCUGCUAGCUCAAGCAACUCUGUCACCCAGUCUGAUUCCUUCCAGAUCUCUAUCAGCACAGAGUCUGAGGACUGCAGUGAGAUCAACCCAAGUACUCAUACAAGUUCAUUCCAUGGUUCAAUCUCUGUUCCAUCAGAACACACCUCAAGUUGGCAUGAAGAGAAAUCUGUGAGGAGCGAAAGUGGACAUUCUCAUCUGGAGAGGCUCAGUGCAAAGGACAGUGGUAGAGGUGACAGUGACUUCAAUGACAGUGAUUCUGACACCAGUGGGGAAGCACUGAAAAAACAUCAACAGGAUACACAGAAACAAGCUGGUGCUGCACAUAAUGACUCCCAAUUGGCCAAAAGGAAUGCAGAAAACUACUGCACUUAUCAAACAAAUAAAACGUCAAUAAGUGGGAACCAUAUGCUGCACUGUGAAAAAGGGUACACUAUGUCUUAUCCUGUAGUUCCAACCUAUUACAACACUCAUCACCCAAGAGUACCUAAUGUUCCUAUACCUCAACAUUACCUUAAAGACUCAUAUUACUAUGUCCAUGUCCCAAAGACUGAAAGAACACAGGUUGAAUAUGAAAGAUACCUUCUCAACAGUGUUGGAACCUUUUCUCCAUCAAGAUUAUCCAGAAGAUAUGAAGAGAAACAUAAUCCAGACAUUUCUUUGCAUCCUAAUUCUUCUGAGAUUGCUACAGCAUUUUAAUUAUUUUAGAUUAAAAAAAACAAACAAAAAAGCUUUUUAAUCAGGUGGCUAAUAUGCAUUUGAUCACAUGAUUAACCAGUAGAAAUAUGAUAAUUGUUCCUUUUUAUUUGCAAUUCUAGGUUCACAUUUUAGUCAUCACUGAAAUGCAUAGAACAAUAUAUUACAUUUAUCAUAAUUAGCCACACUACUGAUACUGAUAAAAAAGCAU